ACACAUGACAUUCACUAUUUACGUUUGACGUUUCGCCUCUUUAUCAUGGUAAAUUUACUCUAAUCCCUUGUUGUUGUUGAGUCGUUUGUAACGUGUCUGUUGCAUUUGCAGAUUUUACAAUUGGUUCAUUGUCCAAAUCUGAAAAUAAUGAACAUUUCAAAUCAUCAAAAUUCGCCCCAAUAUCAAGAGUGAGUGGAAAAACAUCCGUAGAUGUCAAUUGAACUGCACUCGUAGCAUAAACGAAAUCGAAUUGAUGAGCAAAUAUUUUGGAAUUUUCCGAUCUUGUUUUUGGUCUUGAUCUUGAUUUUGGUCAUUAGCAAACGAGUUAGUUAUACAGCCGAUAAUAAAACGUUGCUCAUCUAUCGACAAGCGUCAAAUUUCGGAGGCGAUAAGCCAACAAGAUUGUGUUCGUGAAAAGCGAUUUUGACAUUUCCAUUCACAUAAACAGUGAUAAUAAAAUAAACCGUAAACCUUUUCACCAGUGUAAACAAAUGCGAUGGUCCGAUAAGUAAAUAUAAAAAAUAAUUUGGCAGCGUUAGUUUUUGCCUAUUGGCAAACAGAAUCUACUUUGUGCGUUUAUGUACACAAAUCGAACGGCAUGAUUACAAUGUGAUUAAAAGUGUAUGCGUGUGUAUGUAUUUGUACACGACGUGAGACAGAGAGCAGCUGGAGCACAAAGGUUUGUUGCCGAUAGUGUGUGAUCGAAAUGGAGGUCAAUCCAUUGAGUAUAAUUUUGGUGAAAUCGGACAGUAAAGGCGAUCGCUUACUGUUCCGAUAUCCAUAUCGUGUCGAAUCGAAUGAAACGAGUUACCAGAAUAAACGAAGAAAUCCAUACUCAAUACCCGCACAAGAAGAUAUUUUACAAAGUCCACCGCCACAAACAUCGAACAUUCAUCAAGGGCAACUGUCCGGCUUCACAGAUGAAGUACUUUCAACAUUGUUUGCUGUUAAAGCCGAAUUAUGUAAUCAAAAAUUCGAGCUCAAAGUGAACGAUGUUCGUUUUGUGGCCCAUCCGACGCUGAUGCAAUCGAAAAUUGGCAAAGAAGAACCGAGCGGCUCAUCGAUUUUGAUAAACAUUGUUUUUGCUCUGUAUGCACAAGCCAGCUAUUCCAUUGUUAAGUGCUACUAUGAACUCAGCAAGCGACUGGGAAAUGCUUUGGUGUAUGAGGAGAAUCGCGUCGGCUAUCUUACUGAUGAAAUGAAGCUCAUCCUUAAGACACACGAUGAAGUAGCCGAGAACAUUGAAGAAGGGCGUUCAUUGCGUGGCAUCACAGCGUUUGAUCAGAUUUUGGAACGAUCUUCUUUGGCUUUGUGUCUUAAAACGAUUUACCAAGAUUUAUGCUCGACGGGCCUGCUAAACAUAACCAUAAAUCAGUUCAUAACGUUGAGUUUUUGUUUACCUCAAAAAGCGCAUCAAUUCCACAAGAAGGGAGUGGUGGUUGAACCGGAGGCAAUCGAUCGUUGCCUCAAAUCGCUCAAACCAUAUCACGGCAUGCUAUUGUUAGUCGACUACACUGAAUUGCUGGAUUGUGUACCACCAUCGGGUGCGGUCAUGCUAACCAAACUAUUAAACGCUUAUAAUCCUUUUAAAACGUUGCAAAACAUUGCGACCGAUGCAGAUUUUGCCAUCAAACAUGUGUACGAAUUGGUGGGUCAUUUGGUGUAUUGGGCCAAAGCAACGAUUAUCUAUCCAUUAUGCGAAACAAAUGUCUAUGUUAUCGCACCGGAUGCGCCUUUGCAUAAUCAUUCACCAUUGGCCGAAAAAUUUUAUGCCAAAUUUUCCAUGAACUUAUUCGAAGUCAUCAGUGAAUUUUCGUUGCCAACUUCCAUAGGCCAUUUAACCACUCCGUUACAAUAUCCAACCAAACAGGGUACACUCGUACAAAUGGUGCUAUGGAUGCUUCAACAUCAUUUACUAAUGCAAUUGCAUACAUACGUUCAAUUUAUGCCAACCGAUCAUGGAGAAUGCAUCAAGGCAGUGGAACCAGUGGCCAGCACAAAUUCCGUGAAUGAUAGUGCAAAUGUCAUUACACAAAACAAUCCAUCUAAUAUGGAAGAUUCAAUGGAAACACUCGACGAAUCGUCCGAACUAUCGAAUGGUGCCGAAAAUGGUCAAGUAUUUGGACCAAUGAGCAUCGAAUCGAGUCAACCAAUGCCCGUACCAAAAAAUUCCUGCUGUCGAUCGAUAAGCGAAGAUCAUUAUUCAGAAAUUGGGGCCGAUUCAAAUAUAUCCGAUCACAUGGGUGUUCCGGCUGGUUCAAGCAACAAAUCCAACUACAGUAUCAGUCAGUCGGAUACAAUGAGUACGGAAAAUUGUGAAAGUCUUGCAUCGAUGGAGGAUGAUGAUAAAAUCAAGGAGCUACUGAUGGCGUUCCAAGAGCCGGGGCGAAGCGCCGUAAGAGACCUUCCAGCCGCAUCGAAUGUGGAGGAUCUUACACUUAUGGUGAAAUUAUAUCAAGCCGGUUAUUUCAAGGGUGAGCACCAUCUCGAAGAGAUAAUGUAUUUUGAAAAUCUCAGACGCUCACAAUUGCUGCAGCUUUUAGAUAAAUUUCGUGAUGUUUUAAUUAUCUACGAGACAGAAGAUCCGGCUAUCGCAACACUUUACACACAAACCUAGCAUCGACAUUGAUUGACGCAUCAAACCGACUAAUAUCAAUUAGAAGUCGCUGUGAAGUGAGUGAGAAAAACACAAGCCGCUUGGUCAAUCGUCACGACAAUUUAAAUAUACCGCUAGAUUGUUCCAAAGCAAGUUCAGGUGGGUCAUUCAGAGAGAAUAUAAACAACUACAAAAUCAACUCGUUGUUAUUUGUUUCAAA